UUUGAGAAUGCCUUUAAGGAAGAAUUCAUUGAGGGCAAUACCAACGUCAUUGAAUUUGAUCAAUAUAGCGGGAGUGCUUAUUGGAGAGUGUUUGAAUACCUCUACACUGGUGCCUACUCAGAUGGCUUCACCGUUAUGAUAACAUUAUUAGAGGACCCAGCAUUGCUAAAGGACCUUCGAGUCUAUACGCUGGCAGACAUGUUCUUUUCAGAAGGUCUUAAGAAACUUGCCUUAAAGAGGUUCCAGCAGGAAGUCGAAGAGCAUUGGAGGAGCGAUGAAUCUCCGGAAUGCAUCCGAGAAGUCUACAGUUCUACGCAUGAGCGUGCCGCGGCAGUUCGAGCUGCUGUAGUAGAAGUUGCAGCUCGGAAUGUGCAGGAACUAGGCAGAAAGGAAAUUUUCCAGGACCUCAUCCGCAAAGGGGGCGACUUUGCAGUUGACUACGUGGAACGUCUAGGACGUCGUAGUAAUGACAUUUGGUUCGGACGUUAA